AUGGCCAACAGCACACAGGACAAGACUCACGGCGAGUCGCAAGUCUAUCUCUCCACCAGAGGCGGCGAUUACGACCUCUCCUUCGAGACCGUUGUCCUCAAGGGACUCGCCGCUGACGGAGGGCUCUUCUUGCCGCACCAGAUUCCCUCUGCGGACAACUGGCGCAACUGGAAAGACCUCUCCUACGCCGAGCUGGCCUUUGAGAUCCUCAGCCUCUACAUUUCGAGAUCCGAGAUCCCCGCCGACGACCUGAAAGCCAUCAUCGACCGAAGCUAUUCGACAUUUCGCGCUGAGGAUGUCGCUCCCCUGACUCACCUGGAAGACAACCUAUACCUUCUGGAGCUGUUCCACGGCCCGAGCUAUUCCUUCAAAGACUGUGCUUUGCAAUUUUUAGGAAAUCUGUUUGAAUACUUUCUUGUCCGAAAGAACCAGGGCAAGGUCGGAAAAGACAGGCAUCAUUUGACGGUUGUGGGCGCAACAAGUGGUGAUACUGGAUCUGCCGCCAUUUAUGGCCUCAAGGGCAAGAAGGAUGUCUCAGUCUUCAUCCUGCACCCCAAGGGCCGCAUCAGCCCCAUUCAAGAGGCUCAGAUGACGACUUGCCUGGAUGCAAACGUUCACAACCUUGCCAUUGAGGGAACUUUCGACGACUGCCAGGAUAUCGUCAAGGCCAUGUUUGGCGACCCCGAUUCCAACGAAGCUUUGCAGCUCGGCGCUGUCAACUCGAUCAACUUUUCCCGAAUCCUCGCUCAAAUCGUCUACUACUUCCACUCAUACUUUUCCCUCGCCAGACAGUCUUCUUCUUUCCAGGUUGGAGACAAGGUCAGAUUUGUGACUCCCACGGGAAACUUUGGCAACAUUUUGGCGGGAUACUUUGCCAAGCAGAUGGGUCUUCCUGUGGCCAAGCUUGUUGUGGCAACGAAUGAGAACGAUAUCUUGCACCGAUUCUGGAUGACUGGCAGAUAUGAAAAGAGCGGUGUUCCAGACGAGAACGGCUCCAAGGCCGGAAACUGCAAGGAAACCAUGAGCCCAGCCAUGGAUAUCCUGGUCUCUAGCAACUUCGAGAGACUAAUGUGGUUCCUUGCAAGAGACUUUGCCGCGACGGUUGGCAUGGAUGAGGAGUUCAACAGGAAGCAGGCCGGACAGGAAGUCUCUGCCUGGUAUAAAUCCCUGAAAACGACUGGGGGCUUCGGGCCGGUCCAUGAGGAGAUCUUGGAGAACGGCCGCCGAACCUUUGAGAGCGAGCGCGUAAGCGAUGCGGAGACUGUGGAGACGAUCAAGUCGUGCUACGGGAAGACCAAGUACGUCCUGGAUCCUCACUCGGCUGUGGGUGUCACGGCAUCAGAAAGAUCCAUUGCUCGCGCCGGGCCGCAAACACACCACAUCUCGCUCUCGACUGCCCACCCCGCCAAGUUCUCCGGCGUCGUUGCGACGGCGCUGGGCGAGGAGCCUGAGUUCAACUUUGAAGAGCAGGUGCUUCCUGAAGAGUUCAAGGCUUUCUCUACAAAGGAGAGGCGCGUGGCACUCGUGGAGAAUUCAUGGGAGAAGGUGCGCGAGGUCGUCAAAGCCCAGGUGGAGGAGGAUCUCAAGACUGAGAGCAACUAG